UCCCCAAACCCCACCCCUUUUCCCGCCCAUUCCCGUCCCCAAAUUCCCCAAAAUUUCCCCACGCGGCUCCUCCGCUCAUCCCCACACGGCAAUGGAUGCUGCCGCCGCCGCCCUCCUCGCCGCCCUCUCGUCCCCGUCGUCUCAAGCCGGCCUCCACUCCCGCUUCGCCGCCUACCUCCAGCCCUUCACCCCACAUUUGUCCACCUCAAACCCUAACCCCAAGCCACAGCCGAAGAGGGCGACGAAGCAGAACAAGCAGCAGCCGCCGCCUCCUGACGCGGCCGCCCUCCGCCCCCUCGCGAAGCGCUUCCUCCCGUUCCUCGCCCGCGCGCUCCAGCUCCUCCCGCCGCUCGUCCGCACGAGCCCUGGCUCGGGCGACGCGGGCGGCGGGUGCCCCGACGAGCUCCUCGAGAUCUACGGUCUCCUCUUGGAUUGCCUCGCGGCCAUAUCGCCCUGCCUCGCGGGUAAGCCCUACUCCGUUCUGCUCCAGCGCGGCCGCUUCGUAUGCUGCCUCGAGUCGCGCGGCCACUUCGCGCGCGCCGAGUUGGAGGCAGCCGACACACUCGACGCCCUCCGCUCCGCGCUCUCUCCACCCGCGAGCACCAAGUCACGGCGUGGCGCUCCAAGUGCUGCUUCCAUCCUUCCGGACCCUGGCACCGUUGGGGAGGCUGGUACGGACACUGAAGUCACCACCCUCGUGGUGGAGCUCACUGUCUGCCUUGCUCACUGUGCCAGCAAGGGUAAGGUGAAGGAAGCCGCCCCUUACGAACGGGUUCUCAGCCUUGUUGAGCUGCUCCAGCCAUGGCUUCGGAUUCUGGCUGAUGACGUCAGCAGGAAGUAUCUCACGCUACUUGUGAAUGCAAUGAGCCGGUGCACCUUUUUCCUGGUUGCGGAGUCUUCAAUUUUCAAUGCUGAUCUGGUGCAUGGAUUCUGUGUUUCUACGUUAGAGGGGUGUGUGAAGGCGCAAAUGAUUGACCGUUUGCCAGCAGUUGCUCGCAAGAUUUGCUCUUCUGUAGAUUUGAGUUGGGGAGGGAGCACAAGGCUUUUGCUUGACGUGUUAAAAAUUGCCACUGACUCUGUUGUAUGUUUAAAGGCUGACUUACCGAAAGCUGGAAAUGAGUUUUUGGUAUUUGUGGCAUAUGUUUCUCGGUGCUUCCUUUCUGCAAAUAGGGAUGCAUGUGUUGGCGCUUCAGAACUACUUUAUAAACAAGGUGGUUAUUUCUCUGAGGUUUCCUCUCCUACUGCCUCAGUGCUUCUUCUUUAUGCGGCUGGAUUAUACUUCAGUACCCAGCAUACAGAAAGUGAUGAGCGAUCUUGUAUAUCUGCGGAUUUUCUCAACAAUGAAAAAUACCUACAAGCUUUAAACGAAGCACUUGGCACACUGGCACGGUUCUUUGGUGUUAUCAGUUGUCUUGAGAAAGAUUCAAGUUCAUUAAUGCACCAGGGACAUUCCAAUAAGAAACACAGUUAUUCUCAGCCACAUGAGAAUAUAUCUUUUGUGGCAUACUUGGAUUCUUUGGAAUUUGUUUGCAAGGUAUUACUGCAACAUGCAAAUGCAGUUUGGAAGAACUUCUCUGAAGGAAAAGCGAUUGGUUAUUCUGGAAACAUAGCCUAUAUCUUAACAACACUGCAUCAGUUCAUUGAUUCGAGCCUCACAGCUUAUAGCUGUACAAAAAUGUCAGAAGGAGACAAGGAGAGACUGCAUGAACAUCGUGGAACCUUACUGAAAGUCCUUGUUUCAGCAAUGAAAAUUUCCUUUGUUACUAACAAAGCUGUCAAGAAGAGUCUGUCCUCCAUCAAUUGUGCCAUUUCAAGUACAUGGUUAACGCUUGAGGAGCUCAAAUUUUUUAUCUCUUCACUUGGCAACAUUGGCGUGACACUUUACAAUAUUAGACGGUUUGAAGAGGCACCAAAGGUAUUAGAGCUAUGCUGCCAAACAAUAUGGGCGAACGUCAGGCAUUCUUACCAUAGACAAUCAGCAGCGACUGAAGGGAAUGAAAUUAUUGACGAUCUACCAAAGGAUAAAUUGAAGGAUGUCAUUGUGGAUGCAUUUACAAGGAUUGCAAAGAUGGUUGACGUUCUCCAUAGGUGUGGUGCAAAAAUUACAUGUGAGAUUGUUGCAAGGAGCUUGUCUGAACUGUUGGCUGACGGUGACAUGCCUGAAUAUCACAACAGUUCUUUGGCACUGAUCAAAUUGUGGGUUAAGAUUACACACAAAGAUUUUGAAGGUGAUCAAGAUGUGGAUGGUGCUCCACUUCUCUAUCACUCUCUUUUGGACUACCCAUCUCCCUUGCCAAAGAAGUUGGUAGGCUUAAUUGUAGAGCAGGAAUUGUUAGCAUAUGGAUUAAUGGAAUCUCGAGGCACAACAUUCUGCGCUAAAAUGCAAAUGAGGAUCAUAGAUAUUCUCUUGGGUGAAAUAUACUGUGCAAAAUUUUUUUGUUUGGAGAGAUCAAGGGUUCUUGUUAGAAAGGCAGGUGCACUUCGUGCAUCUGGAGUGCAAAACAUAAGCAGCUGCCUUGAGUCUUUAUCUGAGGCCAUAUCAUUACUGCGAAACAUUCUGGAUUCAUCUCAAGGCAAUGCAACUGUGAUCAACCAAUUGGCUAUUGCACACUGCUUGCAAGCACAUUGUGCUCAGGAGGGCAAUCUUGGUGACAAGGUGAUAUUUGAUAAUGCUGAGAGUGCACUUGACUUGUGGUCAAAGGUGGGAACUUUUGAUCAUUCUCCUCCUGGUAUGAUCUUACAACAGCCAUCAGAAACUAUUGUACCACUUCUUUGUUCUCUGGUUGAUUUGUUGGCUAUGAAGGGCUGUUUUGAGCUUCAAUUUAAAUUGUGCAAGCUCAUGAUAAUGAUAUGGAAGGAAGAAAACCUACCCCUUGAAAAUAUAUUUUCCUUGCUGUUCACCAAUGGGCACCUUAGUCAUGCUUGCUGUCAUCUCCCAAUGGACCAGCAAAUUGUUGCUAAUCUUGCUCAGCAUCUUGGUGCAGAUUGCCACCGUACUGAAUUUUGGAGAAACAUUUUCAAAGGAGACCGUCCUUCUCUCUUUAUGUUUCUUCAAAGGAUGUUGCCUAUUGACUUAGUUUUUUCUGAAUCAUGUGAACAUUCCAUUGGAAGGCAGUUCAGUUUUAAUGUGAGUGUUGAUGAGGUCAAUAAAGCUGCAUCGUCUCUGGUUUCUGAAGUUUCUUCAAGUGACCAGUCAACCUUUAUAGCUAGUUGUCUGUACUAUGGUUUGUCAGAAAGACUUUUCUCAGGAGGUCAACUUUUUCAGGCCUUUUCAUAUGGAAAAGAAGCCCUCCAUUUGCGCAAGAAGCUCCUAAAAAAGAAAUUCAAAAUUGGAAGCGGGGCAAGCCAAUGUUGUGGUUGGCAAGGCUUUGUUUCUCUUGAAGCAUGGGGAUCAACAAUAGCUGAAAUUUGGCCGGAUUUCACCAGAUCAACCAGCAUGAAAGAUUCUUUCCUUACUACAUGGAAUGUACUUAGAUGCUAUCUUGAGAGCACUUUACAGGUUGCUAUGAUGCACGGAUUGAUUGGUAAUGGCGCUGAAGCAGAAGUUCUGUUACGGACAGGAAAAGAGAUAUCACAUUUAUAUAGGUUACCAGUUUUCCAAAUUGCUUUUACGUCAUUGCUAGGUCAACUAUACCGUAAGCGAGAGCUAUGGGAUGAAGCAGAGAGUGAACUUAAACACGCCCGAGAUCUUCUUGCAGAAAAUGAUGCGUUCAUUUCAUGCAAGUUGUGCAGGUUGACUCUGGAGGUAUCAGUUGACAUGCAAGUUGGAGAUCUGUUUUGGAGCCUCUUUGAAAAAGACUUCCAGAAACAAUCUACAGGCAAUUUGUCUAGUGCUUUGGGCAUGUACCAGUCUGCUAUGGAGAAAUUCAACAGCACCGAAUUGGAAUUUCUUGCUGAGCCUUAUGAUAGCUUUAAAACUGGCUGUGUUGUGUGCAACAAAGAUUGUAUUGCAGAAACCAAGUGUGAAGCUUGUAAACAUGGGAAAGAACCAUUAGUUGCAGAGGACGACGUGUUACCUCCUUGUAUUUUUUGUGUAUUGUUGAGACAAGCAUCCAUUGACCACUGCAAUGAGCCUGCGGUAUUAAAUUCUCAAAGAAAAAACUCACGGAAUGCUGAAGCUGGUCCACCCUUGGAUGCUAAAGUUAAGAGGACAACCAGGAAUCCAUCACGUUUAGCUAAGGAAAAGAAUGUGGAGUCUCAUGCAAAAACUAGAACUCGCUCUAGUAGACGGAUUGCACAAGCGAAAGGUGAAAAGGUUUUAACUGAGCUAAGUUGUAAAAAUGGCAUAUCUUGGAGCCAUGAACUGUCUGCUGAUGCUUUGGUUAGUGAAAAAACAAGCUGUUCUCUUGAUGGUAUCAACUGCAGCAAAGACAACAUAUGCAAUAUGUUUGGAUGUUGGGACUGUCUUUUGGUUAAAUCACUCAAUUCUGGGUGCAUUCAGAAUAUUUUGCAGUUCAGAUGGAACUGUGUUCGCCGGCGCUACCUUGUGUCACUUCUGUUAAAAAUAGCUAGAGCCUUGGGAGCUCACGGUGGAAACUAUGGAGCUCAUGAAGUUCAUAGUGUCUAUUGGCAGUGCAUAUCACUGUUGUACUUCAGAUCACUUCCACAGGGUUGUUAUAGAUCUUAUGGGCCUCAUUUAAUUGGACUAAUAAUGAAUGGGAAUACUGGUGAUUUUCUUUCUUUAGAGCGUGCAGAAAUACUAUAUAGUAUGAGCUUCUUUUUGCUAAAAGGCUUCCUUUCUGAACAGUCAAGGGAUGUCUGCUGCCACUUCUCUAGUGUAGAACUGUCUGAUGUUGUUCCCUGGUUGCUGAAAGCUUUUGUUCUAUCCAGAGAAAGUCCCUCACUUUUUCAGGAGGUUUGCAGGUUACUUGCGUGUAUAUUCUUACUAUCAACAGUAGAUUCCUCGAUCCAGUUGCCUUUGUUUUCCGAAGGCUCUGCUCUCUCUUUGGAUCAUUGGGCUGCAUACUUUCAUCAAAUUUCUGUGGGAACUUAUCUCAAUUGCCAUUACCUUGCUUCCUUACAAGUGUUGCCCAAAGAAAUGGUUCCGAAGGGCUCCCUUGCAGAUUCCAGAGAUGUGGCGGAUGAGGGUGUUUCAAAAUUUCUCAGGUUCCCAUCAGCAGACAUAGAACAUAUUGAGAAACAUAUAACGGAAUUCUUCCAUAAACUUCCGGAUGUACCAAUCGUGUGUAUUAGUAUGCUUGGAGAUGAUUAUGUGAAUGUUCUUGGGGAAACUCUUCUCCUUCCUUCCUUUUUUCCUGCGUGGAUAUUGCUUUCAAGGUUCGAUUCAACAAAUAAACCUACUACGAUGCUUCUGCCAGUGGAUGCUAUUUUAGAAGAAUUGCAGCCUGAAGGUUCUUGUAUCAAAGAUUUGGGCAAUCCAAUGAGCGUUUCAGAUAAGAAGUGGCAGUGCCCUUGGGGCUUUUCUAUUACAGACCAUGUGGCCCCAACUUUUAGAAGUAUACUUGAGGAGAAUUUUAUGUCCCUCUCUAGUGCAACCCUCACUAUAAAUGAUGUACAAGCAAACCAUGUUAGGUGGUGGUCGCAUAGAAUGAAGCUCAACAACUACCUUGAUAAGAUACUGAAAGACAUGGAAGAAUCAUGGUUGGGACCCUGGAAAUGCCUACUCUUGGGCCACCAAUUAGCUGACCAACACAUUGAGGCAGCCUCGUCAAGUAUUAUCACUGGUCUGGAAAAAGAAUUCAAAUUGGAAGUAAAUCCAGCGCUCAUCAAGACUAUCCUUGGUGGUGCUGCGUCAGUGGAUGAAGUGCAUGAAUGUCUUUAUCAACUCAUUUUGUAUAAAGGUUACUUUGGAAGGGGUGAGUGUUGUGGGAAAGAUAGAUUUAGAUGUUUCUCUUCUCGCCAGAUUGACGAUGAAGCUCUAGAGACACUCAAAUGUUUAAUUGAAAAUGCAGCGAAUGAGCUGCCUGAGUCAGUUGAUCGAGAUCCAGUGAUUUUAGUUCUGGAUAUCAAUGUGCAGAUGCUUCCUUGGGAGAACUUGCCUGUACUAAGGAAUCAAGAAAUUUAUCGCAUGCCAUCAGUGGGAAACAUCUUUUUAGCAUUGACUCGAGGCAAUAAUCAUUACAAAGAUGGCAGUGUUAUAGCCCCUCCUUUUCCUGUUAUCGACCCUUUCAAUACAUUUUAUCUGUUGAAUCCUAGUGGUGACCUGAGCAGCACACAAGAACAAUUUGAUCAGUUGUUCAGAAACUACGAGUGGAAGGGAAAGGCUGGGGAUUCUCCAACAGCUGAAGAGCUGGUCUUGGCUUUGACGAAUCAUGAUCUUUUCCUCUACUUUGGACAUGGAAGUGGAACUCAGUAUGUUUCUGCAAAGGAAAUCGAGAAGCUAAAUAAUUGUGCAGCUGCUCUUCUCAUGGGAUGUAGUAGUGGAACACUGCAUUGCAAAGGGGGUUAUGCUCCUCGAGGGGCCCCUUUGUCAUAUUUAUUCGCUGGUUCUCCUGCUGUCAUUGCAAAUCUCUGGGAUGUUUCAGAUAAGGAUAUUGAUCGCUUUAGUAAAGCUUUGCUUGAUUCAUGGUUGCAAGAAAAUUUUGCAGAUGGCAAAAAUUGCUCACAAUGUUGCCAGCUAACACAAGAAUUUGAAUCCAUGAACAUUGCUGCCAAGGAAAAUGGUAGGACAAGACGAAAAGGCACACGAGGGAAGAAGUCGCUGCAAAUAAAUGAUAGUAACAAGUGCUGCAGCUGCAGCCAGAGGCGAAUAGCUUCAUAUCUAAGCGAAGCUAGGCGUGCUUGCAGGCUUCCACUUCUGAUUGGCGCAUCUCCUGUUUGUUAUGGUGUGCCUACAGUCAUUAAGAAGAAGUAAUGGCCGGUUAUCUAUCAGGAGAUGAGGGAUGAUAUCCUGUUAGAGUGGCAUUAUCGACUUGGUAUUGGCCUCAUUGGCAGGCGUGCCUUUGUUCGGGGCAUUGGCCACAUUGACCGGCGUGCUAUUGUUCAAGGCAUUGACCACAUUGAUAGUGUGGUGGCCCAUGGUAUUGAUGGGAGAGGCACUAUCGACACGUAUUGUGCCAGCUCAAAUGUGCUCAUAUUUGGAUGCGUGGUUUGCUGGACAACCUGGUGUAGAAAUGCACACAUCGAAGAUUCGGAGCUGUUUUCAUGAGUGUAUAGAAGUAAAUGUUUAUUUAUAUACAUGUGCUGUGAAAUGUAAUGCUGAACAAAGUCAUAAUGUUAUGAACAUAAGCUGUUCCCGUUGUAUGUUCUUAUUGUAAUAAAGAUUGAAGGGUUCGUUUGGUCA